CGUUGAAACAAUCGCCACCAGCAAGCAACACCCGCCCCACAAUUGGAGCCGCCACAGAUCGGUGGCGGAUGCCUCUCUCCUUUGUAGUAGGUAUACCUAUAGUCUAGUAUUCAUUUCUCUAUUCUCUGCUCUUCACUGCUCUGCAACACCAGCAACAACGUGCCAUAGAUAAAAUGCUCACAAGAUGCUAUUUUGAGUUUUCUUAUUUUCCUUUUUCAGUGGGAAAAGAAAAUUAAAUUAAAUCGGUCGAUGAUCGGAAGCAUAGUAGACUUUUGCGUUCAAGUCUAGUAAACAAAUAAACUCAAUCGAGCGUUGGAAUUUUAUUCCCAUUGUGUCAACUUAUUGUCAAAAAAAAAAGACAAAACAAAAUAUAAAUAAAUAAAAAAGAUCUAACAAAACAUUAGAAUCGAGUUCACACACAAAAAAAAACUUGUGCUUUCUAACGAACGCGCGCGUACGGGACAGGGGCACUAUCGAAAUCGCAACCAAAUCAAUUGCCCCAAUCGCUUUUGAUUUACUCAGUGUGCGAUUCCGUAAUGAAUUUCAUUUCAAAACUGAUAGCACGACCAAAGAGUCUCAUUGCGAGUUCAGACGAUAUGGAGCAGACACCAGUACUAGUAUCGCCGGUUAAUACUGCAACUCCUUCUUCAGCACAAUCUCAAACUCAAGAAGCAACUAUAGAAGAACUCCUUGUACAGAUCAACGACAAUCUUACAAAUCAGACGAGUGUAGCGUUAUCGGGCGGCAAUCAAAAACAAUUGGCAACAAAAGCAACAACACCAAAUAAUAAACAGCAACAGGAUUUUAAACAAGUUGGUGCUGCAGCAAACCAUGUUGGUUUUAAUCGUAGCAGCAAUGAAUCUCUAAGUGAAAAUAUUAGCAAUAAAUCUGAGAAAAGAAGCGUUGGAUUUGCAGGUAGUAAAGAAACAUCAAUAGACUCAGUCUCAAUUGAUCUUCCUGUUGGAAUUUUAAAGCCAUUCAACAUUGUUGGUCAAUCAGUGUCUUCCCUCGAAGACAGUCUUGUUUCCUCACUCGCAGCAAAUUUAGACUCUGUACUUAGGGUUUCAACUCCUGAUGAAUUCAAUCGAUCUAAAUCGCUAUCAGUACCGCUUGAAUCCGAAUCAUCGGGUAGUCAUGUAUCCUCAGACAAUGAAACCUACGUCGAAUGUCGCUCAUUUUCCCCCAGCGAAGAAUCGAAUCGUUUUACAAGUGCCUUAGACUUAGUAUCUAUUGCAGAUCCAUCUCUUGGAUGGGAAGAUCUAGUUACAUCAGUGUCAGAAAUGGAUAUUGAUAGUUUAGAAAACAUUAAUGAACAAUUAGAUGGUCAACUGGAUAUGACACCAACAGAUUCUAAUUCAAAUUUGGGCAUUCUUAAUCUGGCAGACGAUGCUAAAAUUGAACCAAGCAUCAUAAUUUCUCAAGAUGGUGAUCCUACUGUGUGUCCAAAAUCCGAACAGACUCCCAUCGAAAAUGAAGAAAAUGCUCAUUUAGAUUUAACAUCUUGCAUGUUACCAGAAGCAGUGGCAAAUUUAAUAGAAAACGUCGAUGCCAAUUCGUGUGACAAUACCAAUGAUGAUCUUGAAAAAUGUCAAGAACUUCAAAUAGUCCCAACUACCAUUGAAGAUCUUAAUCGUUCGCAAAGAAGCGUAUCUUCAGAUUUAAAUCGAACCAUUGAAGGAACUGACAAAGAAUACUUCAAUAAUGUUACACUAGAAGCAGACAAAGCAUUUGCUUUGCAAAAUAAAUCAGUUAGUUUAGCUGAUAUUAUAAAUGAACCAAAUACCAAUAACAGUAUUGUACUUUCAUGGGCCAAAGUAGAACAAACUGUAGAAGAACUUUCUGCAAACAACUCCUCUCAAAAAGAAGCCAAUGAAACUCAAGAACUUUUGAGUUUUUCGUUAACUCAAGGUUCGGAAGAUGUUAAUAUUGAGGAAAAAAAUUGUGAAAAUCAAUGUAAUAUAACACAAGAACUUAGUGGUUCCUCAUCCUCUCAACAUGUCGAUGAUGUUUGUAGUGAAAAGAUACUGUCUAGAACUGUUGAUUCUGAGAAUGAAAAAUCAACAGAGCCCUUACAAGAAGGCUCUGUUUCGCCAGCAGUGCAAGAAUUAAGUGUUGAAAAUGCAGGUGAAAUUUCGGAAAACAAAAGUGAAAAUGAAGCUAACCUAACUCUCGAACUGGAUUGUCAUCCAUCGUCUCUACAGAUCGAUGAUUUCAAUCCCGACCAACCUUUACCUGAAACGCCAUCUGAUAAGCUUAGUUUGAACCUACAGUUUCCUGUUAAAACGACACGAGAUAAAAGCUCAUUUCCGCAUUCUCCUACCCAAGAAAAUCUGUCUUCUGACUUUUCUAAAGUUGAUGAAGAACAAAUUAAAUCCCAAACAUCCACAGAGGUGAAAACAGAUGAAUGUUCUGAAUUCAAUAAAACUAUAGAAAUCUUAGCAACAAGUCCAAAAGAAACAAAAACUAAUGAUCCAAAAGAAGUGAAUGGUUUAAAUAACCCUUCUAAUGUAACAAUAAAUUUAAAAGAUUUAAGCCCUACCGCUACAUUUGUCGAUGAAACAAAUACUAUGGAUAGUACAUUUAGUGCACCCAAAAUUAAAUCGCCCAAUGCACUUGAUCAGACAUUCAAUGGAGGUGAAUUAAAUCAAGUAAAUAAUGAAACUAUUGUAAUGGAGAAUGUACCAGAAGUAGCCAAUGAAACGGUUACUUAUGAACCAAUGGAUGUUGACGUGGAAAUGAAAUCACCAAAUCCUAAUGAAACUGUCUCUUAUCAGACGGAUGCUCUGCCAUCCACACUGUCUAGUGAGUCAUUGAGCGAGAAGGAAAAAUGCGAUACUUUAAAUGAAAAGGAUGUUUUUGUUGAAAAGUGUGCAUCAAAUUAUCAAACAGAAGUCGACGAUAUGUUUAAGGUACCGAAAUGUUUGGGCUUUCCCGGACAGAAAGAUGUCCAGCCAUCUGAUUUAGCCGCCGAUGAAGAUUUUCAGUCAAAUCGAAUUUUCCUAAAUCCAUCAGAUUUUGAUUUUCUAUUAACCAAAGGCAAUAGCAAUGGUGUGGAAGGCGAUCGAAGUUCAUUGCUAUUAAGAUUCGACCCACUAUUGGGUCAUUCAGUGCCUGUUAAUCUACCGGUGAAAGCAGGUUCUUCCACACUAUUAUCAUCAUCAUCAACUUUAUCUGCAGCCGCCGCUUCCUCUUCGGCAUCGUCGUGGUCAAGUGACAGGCAGCAACAUCAACAGCAGCAUCAGGAAUUCAACAUUCAAAAUCGCCUUAGUCCAGCAAAUGAAGAGGAAGAACAUUUUUAUGAUAGUAAUAGAUCAUUUCAACUGGAGAACGGGUUAACUCAAACUAAGCCAGAAGAGCCACCAGCAAUUGAGCCGAGAAGACAACAACAACAAAAGCAGAAACCCAUACAAAUCACAGCGAGGAGCUUAAAAAACUGUGCGCAGGUUUCUCAAGAACGGAAGAAUGUCAAAAUGAGUGUCGACGUGAUGCAGGACAUGAAAAUUGAAAACGAUAGCAAAUCCAUUGAAGAAAUUGACACGCAAACUGAUAUAAAACAAAAUUUUAAAAUGGAUGAACUCGAGAAGAAGAUCAAAAAUGAAGUUCUUAAAACAGAGGAUAUAGAAAAGAAACUUAAGGAGGCUGAACAACGUGAAGAAGCUUUAAUCAAAAGGAUAACAGAAAAAGAUAAAGCAAUUGCCAAAAUGAAUGGUGUCAUUGAAGCGUAUGAAAAGGCCAUCGCAGAACUUAUAUCAGAAAAAGAACAUAUAUUACAAAAUUAUGAGAAACAAUUAACAGAAGUCAAAGCAGAUCGAGAUUCUAAUUAUCAUCACUUAACCUCGUUAGAAACAACUUUCUCAGAUUUGCAUGUUAAAUAUGAAAAGAGCAAGGAAAUGACAGCUCAACUUAAAAGUAGUGAAGAAGCAUUACUAGCUGAAAAACGACAAAACCUGGAGAACCUUAGGUUACAGGAACAGCGGUACGAAAAGAUGAAAAAUCAUGCCAUGCAGCAAUUAGAAAUUGCGAAUAAAAAACUCGAAUCCUUAACAAAGAAUCACUCAAUGGAGAUAACAAAACUGAAAGCUCUUCUCAAAAAAGAAGAAAUUUCGAGGGCCUCUAUGACCGAGCAAUUACAACAAAAAACCCGAGAAAACGAGGAACUUGUUAAAAUAUGUGAUGAACUUAUCAAUGGCCAAGGAAGUUAAAGUCGUUAACGGGGUUUAACUUUCUCUAAAAUUUGUUUUCCACUUAAGUUUACAAAUCGAAACAAAAAAAUGAAACAAAAAUAGUACUUCGUUUGUUUUUUUUCUUGUCGUGUCUAAUAAUUAAUUUAAAUACAAUUGUUUAUAAUAUUUUUUUUUUGUUAUAAUUAAACUAAUAAUUUAUUUCGCCAAAAAAAAAUAAAAAACAAAACAAUACAAUGAGAUUUUCGGCGACAAACAAAGAGAAAACUUAAAAUAACAGUAUAACAUUGAACAAUUAAAAAAAUAAUAAUACGAAACAAAAAGUA